AGAGAAAACCGAUUUGAUUCCGUGUCUGAGUAGACUUCUCUCCUUUGGUUGCAAAUUGCAAAGCUUACGACUUUUAAAUUAAUAGAAGCUGCCUUACAUCACACACUCUGCUGAUGUAGCUUCCCCACUUGCUUUAAUAAAACAAACCCAAGUUUCUACUUUCAGCAUAAAGCUCAUAACUUUUUUACUUUACUCUCUUCAUUUGUCUUGGUCUUUGGCUCUUUUUUCUCUCGCCGCAUUUUCUCUCUCAGAAACACCACACGUGUAGUAGUUGUCGUCUCUGUUUUGAAUUCUCUCAGGGUACUGGUGGAAGGUUUCAACUUUCAAGCAUCUCUUCUUUGUAAUCAAAGAUCCUGUCUUUAUCUCCAACAGUUUGAAAUCAGAAUCAGUUGUGUUCUGGUCAAGUAAUCAUCAACGAAAUGGAACACCCUUUUGCUUCAAGAGAAAAUGGGUUUAGUUACCAAGAACAAAAGGAUGGUUUAAGCUUUGGUUCUGGUGUUUGGAGUUUCAUCUCUGACGACAUGCUCAACUCCUCUGAGCUCAUGAAUCUGAACUCUUUCGCCACAUGGUGUGACAGCCCUUAUGAGACUGAUACCUCCUUGGUCGCUCAGUAUGGUCUAACAACCUCUCAAACAGGUCUCACUCGUUCAUUCAAUGGUUUGGAAAGCUCUUACUAUGGUGGAGAUAUGAGUUACUCAUUAGAUAGCGAUGAGCUAAGUGGUAAACGACGCAGUGUACUGAACUGUACUAUCCCCAGGUCUUUGAGCCACUCACUAGAUGAGAAGAUGCUUAAAGCAUUAAGCUUAUUUAUGCAGUUCUCAGGUUCAGGAGAAGGCGUUUUAGCUCAAGUUUGGAGUCCUGUCAAGACAGGAGACAAGUACAUGCUCAGUACAUGUGACCAGGCCUAUUUGCUCGACCCGAGGCUCUCUCAGUACCGUGAAGUCUCAAGGAAAUUCACAUUUGCUUCCCAACCGAAUCAGUCUUCUUUUCCUGGUCUUCCUGGCAGAGUCUUCAUCUCUGGAGUACGCGAGUGGACAUCAAACGUGAUGUACUACAAGAAGGACGAGUAUCUGCGUGUGAAACACGCGAUGGAUAACGAAGUCCGUGGCUCCAUAGCUAUACCUAUCCUUGAAGCAUCAUCUGGUGCAUCUUGUUUUGCUGUCAUGGAGAUCAUCACAUCCCAUGAAAAGGUCAAUUUUGAUACCGAGAUGGACUCUGUUUGCCGUGCUCUCCAGGCUGUAAACUUACGGACAUCAGUGGUCCCUCGCCCUCAGUACCUUUCAAGUAAUCAAAGAGAAGCCUUAGCUGAAAUACAAGAUGUUCUGAGAGCACUAUGUCAUGCACACAAGUUGCUAGCUCUAACCUGGAUCCCAAACUCAGGUGAAAAUAAUCGUGUUCUCUGCGUAGAGGAGACAGCUUGUUAUGUGAAUGAUAUGGAGAUGGAAGGCUUUGUCCACGCGUGUUUGGAUCAUCCUCUGAGAGAAAAGGAAGGAAUCGUUGGCAAAGCUUUUGUAUCAAACCAGCCGUUCUUUUCUUCUGAUGUGAAGGCGUAUGACAUCAGUGAGUACCCUCUUGUCCAUCACGCUAGAAAGUACGGUUUGAGUGCUGCUGUUGCUGUAAAACUGAGGAGCACUCACACUGGUGAAGAUGAUUACAUACUUGAACUUUUCUUGCCUUUAAGUAUGAAAGGAAGCUUGGAACAGCAACUUUUAUUAGACAGCCUUUCGGAUACUAUGCAGAGAGUUUGUCGAACUCUGAGAACUGUUUCUGAUGAUGUGGGGGAAACUAACUCCACUACAAGCAUGUUCUCUGAUAAGUCCUCUGAUAAAGAUAGUACAGGAUCUCAGGGCACUUGUGAGCAGAAUAUGAGCAAAGCUAUAACACCAGAGAAGAAGAAAGGCACCGUUGAGAAGAAUGUGAGCUUAAGAGUUCUCCAACAGCAUUUCUCUGGGAGUCUAAAAGAUGCUGCAAGAAGCAUUGGUGUUUGUCCUACUACGCUGAAACGGAUAUGCAGACAGCAUGGGAUCAUGAGGUGGCCAUCUCGUAAGAUCAACAAAGUGAACAGGUCGUUAAGGAAAAUACAGACGGUGCUUGACUCUGUCCAUGGUGUAGAAGGAGGACUGAGGUUUGACUCAGCGACUGGCGUAUUCGUUUCAGUUGGCUCUUCUAAUAAUGGUAACAAUGCGCAUGUAAGAGUUCAGGAGGAUAUGGCUAAAGAUACCUCCUUAUGUGAGCUCUUGAAAGCUAAAUCUGUCGACAAUGCAAUUAAGUUAGAGGAUGAUAUCAUCACUAACGGUAAGAAUCAUCUCUAUAACUAUAACAUAUGAAUCUUAGAUGAAGAAGACUACAAUCUUAAGCCACUUUCUGUUUGUGCAGGAUCAUUCAUGGAGGUUAAUGCUAACCGGUCCAAUUCAGAUUCAUCAAAUGGCUCAGGAGCAGCUAUGCUCAGAAGCUCAUCUCCUUCCAUGGACAAUAGGAACCAAAUGAGAACCCAAAAAGGCAAUAGCAGCGAGAGUGGAUCGUCAACCCUCACUGUAAAGGCUACUUAUAGAGAAGACACAACACGUUUCAAGUUCGAGCCAUCGGUUGGGUGUCUACAGCUCUACAGAGAAGUUGGGAAACGUUUUAGACUGCAAGAUGGGUCGUUUCAACUCAAGUACUUGGACGAUGAAGAAGAAUGGGUGAUGCUGGUUACAGAUUCUGAUCUCCAAGAGUGUUUGGAGAUUUUAUAUGGUAUGGGAAAACACACGGUGAAGUUCCUUGUUCGUGAUUUACCUUCGCAUAUAGGUAGUUCUGCUGGUAGCAACGGUUACCUUGGAGCAGGUUUAUGACACCUACUACUGCUCAGUUAUGUCUUCCCUUGUGAGAGAAUGUUUGUUUAUUUCUCCAUGUAUUAGUUUUGCUUGUAAGAAAAGGCGUGAGGGAGAAAGGCAAUUUUGGUAUAUUGGAGUCAUGAUACUGUAUAUGAUAAUCGUUUUAUAUAAACUAAGUAGAGAAGUUAGAUGUC